GCGGGGCAUGACCUCGCCAUUCUAGGGUGGAAAAUUGGUUGCGAUAACUUCUCAAGUCCGUCAUGGCGGCUGGACGAGGGGAGUUUUUUCGGAGUUUCCAGGAAUCUUUCGAGUCUUUGGAGAAGAAACCCACCCAGCCGGCUCUGGGUAGACGACAGCCGGUUCGUGGAAGAGGAAAGCCGGGUCCGGGCGGGAUACAAUCGGGUCAAACGGGCGGAAAGAGAAGGAAGAGAAGACCAAAGGCAGCACCAAGCUCGGUUAGCGGGAAUAGUCUCAGCUUUCCACAACCGAGACCAAAGGAAAAUAAAGCAAGUUCUCCCAAAAUAAAAACUUCUCCAUCCAAGGAAAACUUAUUGGAGAGGCUCCCGUCUGAGAUUCUGGUUAAGAUUCUGUCGUACCUGGACCCCUCCUCGCUGUCCUGCAUCAGCCACGUCAGCAAGCUCUUCUACCAGCUUGCCAACGAUGAUGCCGUGUGGCAUAAGAUUUACACGUCAGAGUUCGGGAGUCAAACGUGGAAGCCGAAGGCGUUGGCGGGUGACGCGGCGCAGAAGGUUGACCCGGUGGAGGGGGAGGUAGAGGAUCGGUCGCCGGGCCGCUGGAAGAAGAUGUACUUCAGGACCCUCGCUGGACAGGAAGUGAACAAGUGGAGGAGAGAGCUGAGAUACGACAACAGCCCGUACACCGGCUUACCAAGGCAAACGGAGAGGGUCCUCAGAAACCUGAACGUGAGCUGGGAGCUGACGCUGUGUGAUUAUCGCGGGCGGGAGAUCACGAUGGAGCAGAGCCGAGCGUACUUCUUCGAGUCGUCCGUGGUCGUCCGCUGGAGUGGACCGAGCUUCCUCACAUACCCUCAGAUCAGCAGCAUCCAGCUGUACGGAGUCCGGAAGGAGACCCUGAAGAGCCCCAAAGCCCGGAGGCCUGGCUGGCGCUCUCUGAUCAUAAAGCAGGACACCAGGGUUCCUGUUCGCUACAUUGGCAAAGACAAACUAGUCAAGCUGAGGCAUCUGCGGCCCUGCUUCCUCAUAGGCACCUGGAGGGCUAACCACGGUAUAGCCUUCAUCAUGGUCAGCCUGCACUUCCACAAGUUGGUGGAGAAGAGUCUCCUGGGAUCUCCAGUCUGCCCGUUCUCGGAGCCUGUGGACCCCCCGCCCGCGGAUAACUCGGACCCUGACUUUGGUCUGCACGGCUACACUCUGCACUUCGUCCUGCACAACACCGGCGCUGAGAUCAUGUCGGGACACUUCCGCGAGCUCUCCUGCCGCACAAUUCAGAUCCGGGCCGGACUGGUGGAGCUGAGGGUCAUCAACCGGACCAACCUGUCCGAGCACAGACCGCUGUCUGGGAACAUCAAGAUGCCCUGGAAGAGCGAGGAACUGGAGGGCGUAGUGGAGAACUGCUGCAUCGUAUCGCUGACUCUGCUGGACGAGUUCCAGAAACCCUUCUGGUGCGUCAGCUCGCCCAUUUGCAUCAUGAUGGCCAUGAAGCAGCAGUCCUUCGACUACAGCGGCGAGCACUUUGUGAUGGAUUUCAAAGACUCGGACGGUCAGGUGAAGAUGAAACUGGUCUGGUUUAAGGAGCAGAAGCAGUUCUUCCUCAUCAGCCUCACCGUCUACAUUUCUGUUUGGAAAAUCAACAAGCAUUUCAGCCGAGCGUACUGAAGCAGAACUGGAGCGCUCGCAAGUUUUGGUUUUUACAGUUCUGAUGCAGUGACUUUGACGUUUUUGUUCAGUGUUACAUCAGUUGUUUACAAAAAUGUCCUACUUUUGUAGGCUUGUUUACGUAUUUAUCGUACAAAAAUAUUCUGUAAGAAGUGGGUAAAAGAGAAUUAAUUACAAGCUUAUCCUGUUAAGGCUUCAUGUUAAAAAUUUUAAACUUCUAAAAUUCUUUAUUUGUAUUUUGUUCACAAUACAGGAAGUGUGUCACUGUUUUUGUGUUUCUAUUACACUUGUAGAAUAAAAGUACAUGUUAUAUGUAAAUAUAUCUGAGUAAAUCCUAAGAAGAGGGUUACAUUUUAAGUUUGUUUUUAAUUUCAGUAUAAACUGAGUCAUUUCAGUAAGUUAUUUUGUUAGUUAUGUUGUACAAAAGCAAGUCUCAUUCUGUAAAAAUGGAAAUAAAGACAGGAGUUAAUGCUGUUGAAGCUUCAUGUGUUAGUCAGACAGUUGUCAGUAGAAAAAUACAAACAAAUGUUUGGAAGAAAAGCUAAAAUGAGUUUGAGUUUUGUUCACAAUACAGGAAGUGUGUCUCUGUUUUUGUUUCUAUUACACCUGAAGAAUAAAGGUACAUGUAAUGUGUAAAUAUAAAGGAUGAGAUCCUGAAAAAGCACUUACGUUUAUUUUGAAUUUCCUUAUUUACAGAGUACAUAUUCAUUUCAAGUUAUUUUAGUUUUUGAUCAGACAUGGCAGAAUUUCAUGUUACUUACAAGCUGCUUUAAAAAGGGAAAACUCUUUGUUUUUUUUCUGCUCAGAAAAUAAAUAUUUGUGUCACCAA